AUGGCCGACAUCCAGCCCGUCCAGGCGGCCAAGCCUUACGUCCCCACGACCACCCCCGCUAUCCCCAACCCUCCUCUGCCCGUCGAGGGCUGCGCGUCCUUCUCCAAUUACGAGCUCGCCGCCUCCCUCCUCGUCGUCCCCUACAUCCUCCAAAAGUUCAUCCCCUUUGCUCCCAACGGCUGGAAGACCUACUGGUUCCUCUUUGUCCUCUCCGGUGUCCCUACUGCUAUCGGCUACUGGUACCUGAAGUCCAAGUUUGGCAAGCCCAUCAAUGAGAAGCUUGCGCUCCCCAACAGGGGGCUUGAGUACUAUUUGGAUAUCAAGGACAAGGCUCUGAGGGACAAGUAUGUGCUUGGGGGUAAGAAGAUCCCCAUGCAGGUCUUCCACGACGCGUACUUUGACAAGAAGAUUGAGUUUAAGGGUGAUAUCUUGGAUGUCCUUGAGUACAGGCAUGACUGGGCUUCUUUCGAGUUCACUCCCGAGCUUUUCCGAUACGUUUUCAUGAACUUGAUCCCCGACGUCGUCCUCCACUCUCAAUCCCAAGACGAAGAGCAGGUCCGCGACCACUACGACCGAGGCAACGACUUCUACUCCUGGUUCCUCGGACCCCGUAUGAUCUACACCGGCGGUGUCGUCACCGACCUCACCCGCGAAGAGACCCUCGAAGAGCUCCAGGACAACAAGCUCCGCCUCGUCUGCGAGAAGCUCGAGUUGAAGGAGGGCGACACUAUGCUCGAUAUCGGCUGUGGAUGGGGAACCCUCGCUACGUUUGCUGGAAAGAACUAUGGUGUCGACAUUACUGGUGUUACCCUUGCCCGAGAGCAGACCAAGUUUGGUACCGAGCGUCUCAGGCAGAAUGGUGUCCCCGAGUCUCGAGGCAGAAUCUUGUGUAUGGACUACCGCGAUAUUCCUCACGCUGAGGGCAAGUACAACAAAAUAUCUUGUCUCGAGAUGGCCGAGCACGUCGGUAUCAGGCGAUACAGCAAGUUCUUGAAGGAGAUCUACAGCCUUCUGUCGGACGAUGGUAUCAUGGUUUUCCAGGUCGCUGGUUUGAGGACUUGCUGGCAGUUUGAGGACCUCAACUGGGGUCUCUUCAUGAACAAGUACGUCUUCCCCGGUGCCGACGCCUCCUGCGCCCUCAACUGGGUCAUCGCCCAACUCGAGCAUGCCAACUUUGAGAUCAAGUCUAUCGACGUCCUCGGUGUCCACUACUGCGCCACUUUGCACAGGUGGUACAAGAACUGGCUCAGCAACGAGGAGAAGGUCAAGGCCAAGUAUGGUGACAGGUGGUUCAGGAUCUGGGCGUUCUUCUUGGCUUACAGUGUUAUCGCUGCUAGGCAGGGAUCUUCUUCUGUCUUCCAGAUCACUUGCCACAAGAACCUCAACGCUUUCCCCAGGAUCUUGGGUGUCCCCUCCCACACCUCUCUCCACGCUCCUCUCCGAAAGAUCGAGCCUGUCGUCUCCCACACCGAGAUGUGGGAGUAA